AGAGUCGUAAAUUCUCAGCGACUUUUCUCAUUCCUAUAUCCUUACGAAUUAUAUGGUCCUCAUUUUCUAAACUGCUAUUUUGGGUUUCCUUCUCCAUUAGGGAUACUUUAUGUGAAUAGUUUAAAUCUGUGAAUUCCACAAAGCAGAAGCUGAAUUUGGGCAGACAUUGAGUUUUUCUUUGCUGUAUUGUGUUGCAUUUUUCUUCUGCACGUAAACAUUUGAAGAAUAAUGGGAGCAGUUUGCUCGGCUGGUAUGGUUGAGGGAAAUGCAGAACUUGGAUGGAAGACUUUGGGGUUUUCUGGUAAGCUUAAGAAGGAAAAUAGCUUUAUGAAUCGGAGAGAAACUUUUUCAGAUUCACGGUCUAAUGGUCAAGGUAAAAAGAAAAAGAAGCAAGACACUGGGUUUUCCCAUGAAUUUGAUUUAUCGUCUCCCACUCCAACGGGGGGAAAACAGGUUACUCAGAGGGGUUCUUUUCUGGGAAAAGCUAGCGAGAGGGCAGUAGAAGUUCUGGACACACUUGGUAGUGGCAUGUCAAAGUUAAACACCAGUAAUGGGUUUGGCUCUGGCAUGGCUUCCAGAGGGAAUAAAAUAUCUAUAUUGGCAUUUGAAGUAGCUAAUACACUGACCAAAGGGUCAAUUUUGUUUCAAUCACUUUCUGAAGAAAACAUUCAGUUUCUUAUGAAGGACAUUUUACAAUCGGAAGGGGUUCAACAGUUAGUUUCGACGGAUAUGAAGGAGUUAAUAAGUCUUGCUGAGGCUGACAAAAGGCAGGAAUUCAAUGUCUUCUCACGGGAAGUUGCUAGAUUUGGAAAUAUGUGUAAGGACCCACAGUGGCACAACCUAGAUCGAUAUUUCUUAAGAUUAGACUUGGAUGUCUUGAGCGACAAACAAUUUCGGGCAGAGGCAGAAAAGACAAUGCAGGAGCUUACCAGUCUAGUUCAGAAUAGUGCUGAAUUAUACCAUGAAUUAAAUGCUUAUGAACGUUUUGAACAAGAUUAUCAGCAUAAGAUUAAGGAAAUGGAGUCCUUAAAUCUUCCCCUAAAAGGGGAGAGUAUCACAAUUUUUCAGAGCGAGCUAAAGCAACAAAAAAAGCUUGUGAUGAGUUUGAAAAAGAAGUCUCUUUGGUCCAGAAAUUUGGAGGAGAUAGUUGAAAAACUCGUUGAUAUUGUUACCUAUAUACAUCAAGCAAUUUGUGAGUUCCUUGGAAAUCAUGGUGCAGCCCCUGCCAAGUAUGGUAAGGGUCCUGAAAGACUAGGUGAAGCCGGUCUUGCACUACACUAUGCUAACAUCAUCAAUCAGAUAAAUAUGAUUGCAUCUCGCCCAACCUCUCUUCCUCCAAAUACAAGGGACACAUUAUAUUAUGGUUUGCCUAACAAUAUUAAGAGUGCUCUUCCAUCCCGGUUGCAAACCAUUGCUGUUGAUAAAGAGUACUCCAUCACCCAGACCAAAGCCGAAAUGGAGAAGACUCUUCAGUGGCUCGUGCCAUUUGCUACAAACACAAUCAAAGCACAUCAAGGUUUCGGAUGGGUUGGCGAAUGGGCUAAUAACACAAGUAAUGACUUUGGCGAUAGCACAGUCAAAGAAAGCAGCAACCUGAUUCGCCUGCAGACACUUUAUUACGUUGAUAAGCAGAAGAUAGAUGUUUACAUCAUUGAAUUGUUGGCAUGGCUUCACCAUUUGAUUAGCCAUGUAAGAUCCAGACAAAAUGCCUUGAAGUCAAUGCCUACACGAUCACCUCCCAAGGGACAUGAAUUUCAGUCAAAGAUGCGACAAUUUCUAAUCCUAUCCGUUGAUCCUACCAACAAGCCGUUGGGAACUCAACUUUCUCAAGAGGAUAGAAGAUUAUUAGAGAACGUAAUUGCGAGGAGAAGGAACCCAGGAGUUAGCAAAAGCGAGGAGCUUGGUGUGGCCAAGAAAAGAGAACCCAGAGAUUCUUAUAUUUCCAAAAGUGCUGGGAAUUCGCCUGUUAAGGAGUUCUUCGGUACAAGACACAUCUUGAACCGCCAAAACUACAACGUUUUGGAUAUUAUGGAUGGGUUAAGAUAAGAUACUGAAACCAUUCCUUCAUCUACUUUCUCGGUUCUGGCUAGUCCGUCCAUUUUCUUAGUUACUUGCCAAUAAUACUAAUACUCAUCAUUCAUUUCUUUUUAAUUUUAAUUCUGUAUAUAUCUAUAUAAAUAACUCCUUAUCUAAUUUUUUAAUUUUAAAAUUAUUUUGUAC